GUAACUUAGUUUUCAGUACCUAUAGAAAACUAUCCGACUGAUAUAACAGGCUGAGGUUUUGAAAUUGAACAUUUUACAAUGUGAUAUAUUGAUUGAAAACUAUUUUAUAACUUCAUUUAUUAAUUAAAAAGAUAGAGUCUGAUGAGUAAAUGAGGACUUUACUUAUAAUUUAUAUUAGUUUCCUACUAUGGCAGGUACAGGGAGGCAGCAAAAAAUCAUCGAAGCCUUGCGGACUGGCCCAACCAGAGCAACUAGAGAGACCAACUAGCUUAUCUGACUCUAAGUAUAGUGUAACGGAGCAAAAUUCAUACCGAAAAUUCCUCUAUUCAGGACCUUUGAAGUUAACUGCGAGGAGGAUGGUAAUGCAUGGAGCAUUUGCUAGAAAACAGAGUGAUGCUUCUACAACUAUCACAACCACGACCAAAAUAUAUUUCGAUAACGACUGCGACUACAUACAAUAUUACUGCUUCAAAGGAUAUUACACGGGUAGACUAUGUGGUAAAACCGUUUACAACACAUAUGAGAACUUUGAAAAUUUCUGCGAAAUGGAAUACGUUAACUGCUUGGAGAAUUACGACUUAUGGUCGAUCGCCCACAUGGGAGAGUGCUUCAAUGUAACGUCUUUCCAAACCUUCGCAUAUUACGCAUAUGCCGUUUGGGAUGAUAAUCAGUUGGAAGAAAUGUAUGUCAUGCCUGCUGUAUGAUAUAGUCAACCUAAAUCUGGAAAUGUGGUUUCUCAUUUCAUUGUAGUAAAAUUCUCAUUAAAUAAAAUUAACAACUAA